AAUGAUCGAUGAAUUACUUAAUUGUUAUGAUUUGCAGUUAAGAAACGCCACGGCGAUCUUCAUAAUGAAUCUCUCGCUUUCGGAUUUAAUGUUCUGCUGUUUCAACCUUCCGCUUGCUACGUCAACUUUUUGGCAUGGUUCUUGGAAACACGGACCUCACUUAUGUCGGCUGUUUCCUUUGUUACGAUAUGGCUUGGUAGCAGUAAGCCUUUUCACCAUACUAGCGAUUACAUUCAAUCGUUACGUUAUGAUAGGCCAUCCUCGAUUUUAUCCUAGGUUGUACAAAUCAAAGUACAUAGCACCAAUGGUUUUGAGUACAUGGAUAUUUGGCUUCGGUGUCCUCAUCAUCACAUGGUUCGAAAACUGGGGUCGUUUUGGAUUGGACGUGGCCAUUGGUUCCUGUUCAAUCCUGCCAGAUGUAAAUGGCCGUAGUCCAAAGGAAUUCUUGUUCGUCUUCGCCUUUUUGACACCUUGCGUAGCAAUCGUUGUUUGCUACGCGAGGAUUUUCUACAUUGUCCGGAGAACUGCUUCUAAAAGUAGAAAUCGGAACAUAACAACAGCUAGUACGGACGCUGUUGAGAUUAACAACGAGGGACGAUCGACAUCAUUCAGGAUCCAAGAAGAAGAACUGUCAGCGAUGGGUUCGAACUGUUCAGCGAGUGUCCUCUGCGGGAACUUCACCUCCAAACGCGCCGUACCGUCUCCAAAUCGACUUCAUUGCUCGAGCACACCAUCAAGGUCAGCGAUGGAGGAGUCGUUGUCAGAGCAACUGUCGUGGGAGCAGAAUUCAGCCAAGUCCGAUGAAGAAAACGACGAGGAAGAAAUGGACGACGAAGAAGACAUCCAGCGAAGGAGAAACCAAGAACAAAAAUGUAAGAAGGACCACAGAGGCCAAGCCGAUCUGCCGAUCGGGAAAUUCGUCGAAACAUGUGACAAAGCGAUACCUAAUCUGGAGGUAAAAAUAGACGAUAUACCGUACGUGGACGAUAUGGACGCAGCCGAGACUGUUCUCACAAACAAUCAAAUUAAGAUCAAAGAACCUGGCGAGAAAGCUUCCACGAACGCUCGAAAUAAAUUGGAGAGAAUGGCAAGCAGAGCAUCGUUCAUCAUCGAGUCGGCACUAUGGGUGCAAAGGCUGAACUCGAAAGUGUCAACGGGCAGCGAUCGGCUCGACAGCUCGAGAUCGAACACGCCAGAUCGAUCGACGAAUAACAAGAGGAAACCGACGAUGCGUCGCAGAGAAUCAAGAUUUAUAAAUAUCAGGAAAUUAACGAAUAUAGACGGCCCGCCAAGGAUGAGUAACAAGGACAAGAAGCUGUUGAAAAUGAUUUUGGUGAUAUUCUCGUCGUUUCUUGUUUGCUACCUACCGAUCACCAUUACGAAGACUUUCAAGGACGUUAUCGAUUGGAGAGGUCUGAAUAUCGCCAGCUACAUACUAAUUUAUUUGACUACGUGUAUAAAUCCAGUGGUUUACGUGGUGAUGAGCUCUGAGUAUCGGAGCGCGUAUAAGAACGUGUUGCUUUGUAAAAAUGAUUCCGCCGUGAAGAAUGAAAUCAGAAAGUCACCAGGGUGAAGAAAGGUUAGUAAUUAAGUACUUGAAGUUACAGUCGUUUACAAAAAAAGUAUCUCAAGGAAAAAUUCACACGGUAGUUCGUAGUAACGUUAGCAAAUUAAUUGGAAAAUUGCUUACACGAGAUGAGGAAGAUUUAUUUGUACAUAACUGAUAUACUAGAAUAACUCAUGAACUUAAAAUAUUCAAUAAAAGAAAAUUUAUGAAAAAGGGAAUAUACAAUUGAGUUCGAGGAUUGAUACUUAUUUGGAUGUCCGUUUAUAAUAGUGUUGUUGAAUUAAUUGUUUUUUGAGUCAUUUAGCGUGUACAAUUUUUUUUUCUAGCGAUGAACUAAAUAAUGGUGGAAUUUGAUAUUGCAAAAUCGACUUGAAUAUCAAGUUACUACAUGUACGACGUAUAUAUAUUUAAAAUAUAUGAAAUUAGUAUAAAUCUGAUGUUAUUCGUUCAGUGUACUAAGGUGAGAAGAUUGUUAGCAUGAAAAUUAAUUUUUCUAUUUCAGUAAGAAAAGUUACCAAUAAAACUGAUUCUGAAGCUGUAAACGGAAUCUUUUGGAAUAUUUAAUAAAUGAAAGGUAUUUAAAUAUACUUCGUUAGAAAAUAUUAUUUAUUUAUUUGUGAGAUUAAAUUUAGAUUUAAAUUAUAGUUUGAGGUAUGUCAUGACAUUAGAGAUUAAAUGAGGAGUCCAGAAGAAAUAUGGUACACGUGACUAAAAUUUUAAUUGGAGAAAAUAAUAAAUAACAGACAAAUUAAAUGUUACAGCAGAAAGAUUUGCAAAUUUGUGCAAUUUAUUGUCAAUUUAUAUCGUCUUUUAUUCAGAGAAAACGCAUUUGUACCAUCUUCCUACUGAGGCCAAGAGAAUGUACAAGUUUAUUAAUAUAUUCAAUAGAGUAUGUUUAAAAUCGCAACGAAUCGAAAUUCUCGUGUUACAAUUUAUAAACAAAUCUUCGAGAUGUUUGUUUCUUAAAAAUUAACAAAUUGGAAAUUUAUUCAAUACAGAAAAUACUAUGGGAAAAUUAAUACAAUGGGAAAGAGAACUCGCCUGU